AUGCCUUGUUGCUCUUGCUGCUUCCGCGUCUCCAACAAGGAAGAGAAACACGCCUCCGAUCUCUACUCCCGUUCCAUGGGCAGACUGUCAUCUGAGAAGAAGAUCAAGCUCUUCUCCUACGCGGAGCUGCGGUCGGCGACCAACAACUUCCACCGGAGCAACCACAUCGGGCGAGGCGGCUUCGGCGCCGUCUACAAGGGCGCGCUGCGGGACGGCAGCGGCGACGUGGCGGUCAAGGUGCUGUCCGCGCACUCCCGGCAGGGCACCAGGGAGUUCCUCACCGAGAUCGACGUCAUCGCCAACGUGGAGCACCCCAGCCUGGUGUCCCUGCUGGGCUGCUGCGUGGAGGGCCGCCACCGCAUCCUCAUCUACGAGCUCCUCCCCAACGGCAGCCUCCACGGCGCCCUCCUCGCCUCCGCCAGCGACCCCUCCAGGCUCACUUGGGCGAUCAGGCGCGGCGUCUGCGUCGGCGUCGCUAGGGGCCUGGCGUUCCUGCACGAGGAGAUGGCAUCCGGCCCCAUCGUGCACAGGGACAUCAAGGCCAGCAACGUCCUCCUCGACGCCGGCUACGGCGCCAAGAUCGGCGACUUCGGCCUCGCCAAGCUCUUCCCGGACGCCGCCACGCACGUCAGCACCCGCGUCGCGGGGACCGCGGGGUACCUCGCGCCGGAGUACGCGCUGUACGGCCAUCUCACCAAGAAGGCCGACGUCUACAGCUUCGGGGUGCUGCUGCUGGAGACCGUCACCGGCAAGAGCAGCUCCAGGAGCUUCCAUUUAUCCGACGAGGGGGACAAGGUGCUGGUGGAGAGGGUGUGGGAGCUCUACGAGGCGGCCAACCUCAGGGACAUGAUCGACCCGGCGAUGGAAGACGGCUGCAAUGAGGAGGAGGCUGUGAGGUACAUGAAGGUGGCGCUGCUGUGCACGCAGGCGACGCCGCUGCGGCGGCCGUCGAUGCCGCGGGUGCUGGAGAUGCUGGAGAGGGAGGAUGUCCGGUUGAGGGAGAAAGAGAUCACGCCGCCGGGCUACGUCCUCCGGGACAACAAGGACAUCCACUCCACGUCCAUGGUCGUUGCUUCGCACACCGUGACGGAGGUAGCGCCAAGGUAA